GAAGACCAACAUGGCGUCCGUGAGAAGUGAAGAGUGGAGGGCUGUGUGCGACAAAUUCACCAACGCCCAAAACCUCACUCUUAUCGAAUCAAGAAAUGACCCCGAAAACGACCCGUUUCGCUCCAAAUACAAGGCCAGGGAGCUGCUCAGAGAAAUAUACUGCUCGCUUAAGAGUUUCGAAGCGGGCGAAGGUGAAGAGGAAGCCGGCGGAGAGAGCAGCGACCAACGGCCGACGGAGCCGCCGGAGGACGAGCAGAGGGAGGACGGGUUCGGUCAGGGCUUCAGCGGCGACUCGCCAGCCGGGCUGCGGGCCGCUAAACUCGGGGCUGUGGACUACUAUCUGGGCGUCAACCAUGUUGACACAGAGGAGCUGUCAGCCGGUCAGGAGCAUCUGACAAACUGCUUGAAACUGCUGGACAGAUGCAGAGUGUCGUCGGAGAAUGUGUCGCUGUUUAUCCAUGUUAGGAACCAGCUGGGUAUCCUGUGGGCAGGCCGGGAUGAGACGGAGGAGGCCCAGGGUUACCUUGAAACAGCAGAAUCCAUCUACCAACGUUACAUGAAGGAGGAUGGCAGUCCACCCACUGAUAUGACAGAGUACUUCACUACUGAGGAAAACUUACUGACACAUCAGGAAAGGACCAAGAGGUUUGAGUUGGCCUACACCCAUACCAUGUACUACCUUGCUCAAGUUUAUAAAAACCUUGGUGAAAAUGAGCGUGCUGCCACCUAUUGCCACAGCACCCUGCAGAGACAGUUACAGUUAAAUCAGUUCAGUCCAAUGGAGUGGGCUCUGAACGCUGCGACAUUAUCACAGUAUUAUAUCACUAAGGGUCGUUACAUGGAAGGCAGACACUGUCUCGCAGCAGCUACUGUCAUAUCAGGUUUGGCAGGAGAGGUUCCUUCUGAGGCCGCAGCGCAGGAGAGUGAGACAGAGAGUGAGCGCAGGGAGCAGCUGAGGCAGAAAAGAGCAGACAUUGCAAGAUGUUGGAUAAAAUACUGUCUCAACCUCCUGCAGGAUGCUAAGAAGCUGCUAGAGGACAACAUCGGAGAGUUGGAUACUGAUCGUCAAGAAGAGUUGAUGAGAGCGAGGAGACGUGAGGAGGAGGAGGAAGAGAAGGGCAGGAAGAGUGCUCUGCUGUUUGGCUCUGAAGACACCUUCGACUCCAUUGCUAGCCUGGAAGAGAAGGUACGCUGUUUGUUCCCUCUGGACUUCACUGAGGCCAGAGCUGUAUUUCUGGUGGGACAGAAUUAUGUCACACAGGCUAAGGAGUACUUUCAGAUGGACGGCUAUGUGACAGACCACAUAGAGAUCUUGCAGGAUCACAGUUCUUUGUUCCGGGCCCUGGCGUUCUUUGAAGGGGAUCUGGAGCGGCGCUGCAAAAUGCACAAACGCAGAGUUGACAUGUUGGAGCCAAUCUGCAAUGACUUGAACGCCCAGUACUACCUAAUGAUCCGUAGACAGAUGAUGUUUGAGCUGGCUGAGACCUACAAUGAAAUGAUGGACCUGAAACUGGCGCUGGCCAACAGACAGGCUGAUACACAGUCUCUAGAUAACCACACCAUCAAGAAAUUCAACCAUCUCUGCUCUGCCUCUGCCAAAUACUUCCAGAUGUUCCUGGACUCUCUGUGUUCUCCAGAGGGGAAGCAUCCGGAGCACCUGGAGGAGGAGGUGCUCAGACCGGCUCUGGUGGCCCGCUUCAGGGUGGCCCGACUCUACAGCCGGCUGAUCACCUCUUCACCCCCUGCCCAGCUCGACAACCUCAACAAGUCUCUGGAAAACUACAAAUACGUGGUGCAGUACUGUGAGGCCCACCCUGAGGCGGCAGCCGCUGUGGAGACGGAGCUGGAGCUGAGUACGGAGAUGGUCGGCCUGCUCCCUCUCAAAAUCAACCGCAUCAAAGCAAAGAUGGCUGCAAACAACUGAAAGACGCCACUGACACUGACUGAUACUCACUUACUGACUUGCUGACUGAUAGUGCUAGAUCCAUCCAAAUGAACAGUCAGUCUAAAUUUACCACCUGUAUAGUCGAUGGACACUAACAGCAGUUCGAGAAACUGGACGACAGAGUGACUGUCUUUCUUGCUUACUUUGAAUGGUUGAUGUCCUCUUCUUUUGUGCUGCUUUCACAAGACCUUUGAACACAUUACACGCUGUACAUAUGUGCUCGCUGGGAAGUAGAAUGUGAAUUGACCUGUUUGUCACUGUACAUCGAUGCUUUCUUCCCAACCAGACUGGUUUGAAGAAAUCUGUCACUGCAAUGUCAGAUGCUCUUUUUGCAAGAUAAAAUAAAAAAAUAGCUGCUUGGACUCAGACAGUCCCCUUAACACCCUAAUGGCGGAUAUGUACAUAACAUACCGGUGUUUUUAUUUUAUUUUGCUUUGCUCUGUGACCCUUGUCUGACUCGUACUUGUUUUCUAUUGUUAAUCAUAUUGGUUUUUUAUUUAAUGUGGCUUUAUUUUGUGUAAAGCACUUUAUCACACUAAAAAUAUGUUUCUUCAGCUUUUGUCUCUGAUGGAAAAGCAAAUGUUAAGGCCUACUGUAACUAUGGUUAGUGUAACCAUGGUAAUAACAAUAGGCAGUGAUGUACAGAUAGAGUUGAAGAAGUUUGUACUACUUAAAGGUUGAUGUUGCGCCUUAAAACUGAGAUGCCUGUUCUGCAGAAUCAUCAGAAACCAGUGAGAGUCGUUAAGUGGACUCAAUGCUGUUGGUUUAUGAGACAUAAUCUGCAUGAUGCCAACUUCCAGCUGAACCUGUGUAUUUUCCCUGUCUCUGAGGAAUCAGUGUCAUCCUGUUUUAUGUACAGCAAAUACUGUAUGUAAUGAUAAUAAACCAGUGAAGUAAUACACACGUGUCACAAUAA